GAUCGCAAAGAGCAUGUGGACGCUCGCGCGCCGCUCGGUUGCCAGUUUCCUGCCCCGCUCCGCGCUCCCGGGCUUUGCCCCUACCAGUGCCGGGCCCCCGCGGCCGGCGAAGGACCUCUCGCUCUCCGGCCUCCAAGGCCUGCGCAUCGGAACCGCCGCGGCUCCGGCGCGCAGCCAGUCCAGUUUGAGCCUCCGCUGCCUCAACCAGACCCUGGACGUCAAAAAGCAAAGUGUCUGCUGGAUAAAUUUGAGGACAGCAGGAACUUUGGGUGAUGCUGGCACUUUGGACGAUACCACCUACGAAAGACUGGCCGAGGAGACACUGGACUCCUUAGCAGAGUUUUUUGAAGAUCUUGCAGACAAACCGUACACGUCUGAAGACUAUGAUGUCUCCUUUGGGAGUGGUGUUCUAACAGUUAAACUGGGUGGAGAUCUAGGUACCUACGUGAUCAACAAGCAGACUCCAAACAAGCAAAUCUGGUUAUCUUCACCAUCCAGUGGCCCCAAGCGUUACGACUGGACUGGGAGAAACUGGGUAUAUUCUCACGAUGGCAUGUCCCUCCACGAGUUGCUGGCCACGGAGCUGACUCAAGCCUUAAAGACCAAGAUGGACUUAUCUGCUCUGGCCUACUCUGGAAAAGACACGUCCUGCCCAGCCCAAUGCUAAAGACAUGAAAAGCUCUAAAGCCAAGACCCCAGCCUUGUUCUGCAGCUAAAUGGCUAGCUUUUUCCAUUCCUGCCUUUGAGGACAGUUGCAUUAUAUGUAACAGCUCUGUGAAAAGACUGUGUCGCCUUCCACCCUGCCUCCUGAGUUCAGAUUUUUAAUUUCUGAUUUCCUCCCUCACGUGAUAGCCUUUAUGUUUCAUAAUGUCUGUAUGCCCAUACCUUUAUAUAUAACCUCACAACUAAGAAAAACAAGAAGGAUAAGUUCUAGGAGGAGAAAUUAAUGGGCUUGACCAUUCAUUCUUUGAAGGACUUACUACAAAAACUGCAUGAAGAGUAUUUGGCCAAUCUCAUCAUGCUAUCUCAAAAUGAGACUUAUUAAAGGGAAGCCUAAAAUGUUCCUCCUCCUCUUGAAAGUGUAAACACUUCUAAGCCCUUUAGUACUGAAGCAUCAGUGGCAACUCGGGAACUGUCAAAUGAAGACUAUUUUCUCUUUGUGUUUUGUGACCCAAGGUGUAAUAGGGCAAUGCAGAAGUGUCUUCCAUAUGUGCAUAUAUAUGUACAUACACAUUUAUGUAUGUGUAUACAUAUUUUUUUAAGGAUCGGUAUAGAAUAAGCUACUGAAACACAGGUCUGAGUAUGCAAAAAGUCUCCCAAAGAUCAGGGGGCGGGGAGCCAUCUCCCUAAUCUCGUGGAUAUAGUAUAAUAAACGAGGUCAUGAAGCUAAGGAGGUGCUUGACAAACUGUGAAAGCCCACGUAAAUGAAAAGAUGUUGGUGUAGCCGAAUAAAAGUUAACUCUCAACUUUUAGGUUGUGAAUAAUUUUUUAAUUCCACACCCCUUUCCUGUUUCCCCAUUUCUAUUCCCCUCCUACCUUAAAAGAACCUAAUUAUAAGAAUGUGAUCACUAAGCAAAUGAAACUAACUCCUGAGCUUUGCUCUCCUGAAUGUACACCAUGCUUUGUCUAACCUGUUGAUUCUUUUCUUAGAUCAAAAGAAGUCAGACUAGCUCUCUACACCCAAAAGUUCCCCCAAAGCAAUCCUGCAGGCAGAUCACUCAGGCAAGGUAACUGACGAGAGCCAGGCAGUCUGCACUCAGUGGCAAUGCAGAGUCCAGCCUCCUGCCUCGGUGAUUCACUGAGCUGCUUCCCCCUCCAUUUUUCCCAUUAAAACUGUCCUGGCUGAGCAGAAUCUUGGGAGUUGAUCUCCGGACACAGAUCCACUAUCUCCCCAGACUGCCAGCUCUUCUAAUUAAAGCACCUUUCUUUUCUUUAAAAACAAACAAACAAAAAUAUCUUGGUGUUAAUGAAAGGAACCCUGGUGCUACACCUCGUUUAGGUGCUGAGACUUGGCUCAGCCCCAAAAGCAGUUGCCUGUCUCUGGGCAAGUUUCUCAACCUCGCUGGACCUCUGUGUCCCCGCCUUAACAGAGAGGACGAAACUGGAUAGAACAGAGUUGACUCCCAAGUCAGACAUGCAGUAGUCCCAUCAGGCAACUUUCCAGGCUAGCUUUAAUUCCCUCUAGCAGAGGAGAAGACAGUGGACACUUUUUAUAAGCUCCAGAGUGAGUAUAUGGUUCUGGGUUUAAGUCCACUUGAAUUUCAGUUGAAUUCAUGUUCAUAUAAUCAUCUUUUAUUGUGCCAUUACUGGCUAAGCCUGUGCUGAAGGCAGAAUGUUUAGGUGUUAUCUCUAACCCCCAAUCACAGGCCUCAUAAAUGAGAUUAGUGCUCUUUUACGAGAGACCCCAGGGAGCUGCCUUGUCCCUUGCAACAUGCACAGACACAGGGAGAAGACAACUGUCUGUGAACCAGGAAGCAGGUCUUCACCUGCCACCCAGUCUGCUCUUGAUCAUGGACUUCCUGGCCCCCAGAACUAUGAAAUAAAUCUUCAUAAGCCAUCCAGUCUCUGGUAUUGUUGCCACAGCCUUGGUGGACUAAGACAGCCUGCUACACCAUCUGAACUGUUACAGCCUUGCAUUUCACACAUGCAGAAACCAGGGCUUGGGAACAUUAAAACCCACUCAAAGUUAGGCUCCUUUUCUGCUACUCCCUUACUAAAGAAAGAUUUAUUAGUGACUAGUCUAUGCAAAGAUGUAGCAGACUUUGUGCACUGGGAAAAGGAAAAACAUUCUUUGCGGGGGGAAAAAAACCCCUCAUAACAAUAGAACAAUACAGACAAAUGCUAAAUGAGUAUUUAAAAUACAAUCUUUCUUUAAAAAUGAGUUAUUUUUUAGUCCAGUGAAAAUUUUUAAGUGGGGUA